AUGCACCGUCGCCUCCUAGUGUCUGGUCUUCCCAGGUCUCUGCCUCCCCUUCCUGCCUCGCCUGCCCCACCCUGCCUUCCUUGUGUCGAGGGGCAGCAGCGCGCCGCUCCUCACUCCUCCUCGUUUCCCCCAAUAGGGGCUCCUCUGCAGACCCUCCACCUGGACGUGUGGGGCCCAGCCCGUGUCCGUGGACAGGGCAGUGAGCGAUACUUUCUGCUGGUUGUCGACGACUACUCGCGUUACACCACGGUCUUCCCCUUGCGCACCAAGGGUGAGGUCCCUGCUGUCCUGAUCCCUUGGAUCCGAGCAGUUCGUCUCCAGCUCCGCCGCAGGUUCCGUACGGACCUUCCUGUCCUGCGUCUGCACUCUGACAGAGGUGGUGAGUUCACCUCCGACCUCUUGCAGGCCUUCUGUCAGGGGGAGGGCAUCGAGCAGUCGUUCACGCUUCCGGGCUCACCGCAGCAAAAUGGGGUUGCUGAGCGCCGCAUUGGCUUGGUCAUGGAGAUCGCUCGUACCUCCUUGAUCCAUGCGGCGGCUCCCCAUUUUCUGUGGCCGUUUGCGGUCCGGUAUGCCGCGCAUCAGCUCAACCUCUGGCCCCGUGUCUCCUUGCCGGACACCUCGCCCACACUGCGUUGGACGAGGGAGGUUGGCGAUGCGUCGCGCUUCCGGGUCUGGGGUGCUCGUGCCCUUGUCCGCGAUACGUCCACGGACAAGCUCUCCUCCCGCACCAUUCCCUGUGUCUUCCUUGGCUUUGUCCCUGACGCGCCUAGCUGGCAGUUUUACCACCCCACCUCGCGCCGUGUCUUCCCCUCUCAGGACGUCACCUUUGACGAGUCGGUUCCUUUCUACCGUCUCUUCCCCUACCGCACUGCCCCUCUCCCUCCCCCGCCGCUUUUCCUCGCUCCAGGUCCCCCUCCGGUAGACCCCCUCCCCCCUCAGGGUCCUGCUCCUUCAGGUGUGUCUCAGGUAGACCCACUCCCCUUGGCUGAGCCUUUGGAGGUCACUUCUGACACCUUUGGCCUAGCUGAGGGGGGUGACGUUGCUGCUGACGCCCCGGCGGCCUACCGCCGCACACCACGCUUGGAGACCCCUCCGGGUUUCCCGCCGCGACCGUCUUCGCCGCCUCUGCAGCCGGUUACUGUUGACUCUGGUGCUGCUGGGGGUGGUGCUACUCGGGGUGCUGCGUCUGGGGGUGCUGAGCCUGUACAUGAGGUGCUGGGGGGUGUGGAGCCUGGGUGUGCUGAGCCUACGAGUGCGGAGCCUGAGGGUGCUGAGCUGGAGGGUGCCGGGUCGGGGGGUGCUGAGUCAGCUGGCGUUCCUCCGGGUCUCGUUUCCCGGCAGGGACCUCUCUCACUUCAGCAGCUACGAGAGUGGCUUGCGUGGCGUACCCGCCUGAGGCAUCGUGUUGCUGGAGUUGGAGGUCCUGCUGCUCGAGGUACGGCUGCUCGAGGUGUUGCGGUUGGAGCUGCUGGUGCUGCUCGUCGUGGAGGCGCUGGGAGUGCUGGUGUUUCUGGUUCUGGAGGUGCUCGUACCGGAGGUACUGGAGCUGCCAGGACUGGUGGUGCUGCUGGUGCUGGUGGUGCUAAAUCUGGGGGUACUGCUACUUGUGGUGUUAGUGUUCGAGGCACUGGAGCUGGAGACAGUGGUGCUGGAGGUGCUGGCCCUGGAGGUACUAGCACAGGGGGUUCCGAGUCUGCUGGUGCUGAGCCUAGGGGUGCUGAGUCUGCUGGAGGUCCUCCUGGUGCCGCGUCGCAGCGGUCACCUCUCUCGCCGCAGCAGCUGCGCGAGUGGCUUGCUUCGCGCACCCGCCUUCGGAGUCGCGCUGCUGGAGCUGGUGACGCUACUGCUGGAGGUGCCGGAGCUGGGGGCACUGGAGCUGGAGGCCCUAGAGCCGGUGUUGUCGACCCUGUAGCUGGAGACCCUGGAGCUGGAGGUGCCGGUUCUGGGGGUGCUGCUGCUGGAGGUACUGGGGCUGGAGACCCUGGAGCUGGAGGUGCCGGUUCUGGGGGUGCUGCUGCUGGUGGUGCUGGAGCUGGAGACCCUGGAGCUGGAGGUGCCGGUUCUGGGGGUGCUGCUGCUGGAGGUACUGGGGCUGGAGACCCUGGAGCUGGAGGUGCCGGUUCUGGGGGUGCUGCUGCUGGUGGUGCUGGAGCUGGUGGUGCUGGCGUUGGGGGCGCUGGCGCUGGAGGUUCUAGAGCUGCUGGAGGCGCUGGAGCUACUGGUGCUGGUGGCACUGCUCAGCCGCGGCUGUUCUUCGCUCCACCGUCACUGUCGUCUCUACCACCGCCCGACUCCGGGCUUCGCCAGGUUCUUAGCCUCCCGUCUUCUACUGGCCUCCUGUUACAGCCAGGCUCCACACUGCCUGCUCCUCCUCCUUACACUGAGCAGACAGACUCGCUUACAGAGCGUCGUGAGCCUGCGUCUCGUCUUGCCUCGCCUGUUCGCACUAGUCGCACUAGUCGUCGUGUUCCUCGUGAGCGUCCGCCUCCUGUCCCUGGCACGCACACUAUGGCACUUCGUCCUUCCUCUGUUCCACAGCGUGUUCCCCUGCCGUCUCCUCCUGAGUCCUCUCUUCCGCACGUUCCGGACCCUGAGUCUGACCUGGUUCGUGCUGCUCACCCUACUGUCACGCGUCUGUUAGCUACUGUUGUCACUGACCCGUCGUUUGAGUCUGCUGUUGCGUCUGCCUUAGUCUCUGAGCUUGUUGACUUUGCUGCUGCUUGUCAUCUCGACUACGCUACUAGUCUAGUUGCUGAGUCUGAGUUUGUCUGUCCUCCGUCCGUCGGUGGUGAGUGUGCUCUUGGCACGACCGUCCUUGAGAACACGCAGGAGGACUUUGAGUGUCUUGCGGCUGCUGUACCUCAUCUCGUGGCCAUGCUGCUUGCCCCUGAGGGAGACCCGGAUGCACCAGACAUCCCAACCCCGCGCUCUUACGCAGAGGCGAUUACGGGUCCCUACUCCUCUCAGUGGCAGACAGCCAUGGACGCAGAGGUGGCAUCCUGGAAGUCCACAGGCACUUACGUCGAUGAGGUUCCCCCUCCUGGGGCGAACAUCGUCGAUGGCAUGUGGAUUUUCAGGGUGAAGCGGCCGCCGGGUUCUUCGCCUGUCUUCAAGGCUCGUUACGUUGCACGAGGCUUCAGUCAGUGA